AUGCUCCGCGACCCUGACCACCCGUCAACUACAGCCACGCCUGCUGGUGACAGCCUGCAACUGUCCUCGACAACGCCAGCGACAGCGACAGCGACAGCCCAGGAGGAUUGUCAGCCUUACGAUGCCAAUCAGCCCGCCCACCAGCCUACCCCUGUAACUUUAUUAGCACAGAGCUCGGAUACAUUAUCCCCACUCCCGGCGAAACCGCACCCUUCGCACCCCUCCCACCGUCGGGCGAACACCGAGAUUAUCCCCCGGCAGGCCCCUCCGUCCAGGAAGCUCUUCGCCGACCAGCCCAAAACCUUCGAAGACCUGGACAGUAGCACCGACUCCUCGAACCCCACCGCCGAAAACACCGCCCGCAGGAGACUUGAAGAAGGAGCGAAACGCUUGUCGGGCUGGUUCCAAGGAAAAUCGGAACCCGUUAACCUAGGCGUGGUAUACCAGACAGAAGAGGACGCCGAGACAAUGAACACCACGAUGGAGAGACGAGGCUCUCGUGAUUACUACGGGUCGCCCAGUUCCCCCGUCAUGUCGAGCCGGGCGCAGAAGCGGAUGACUGCGCCGUCGCCGCUGAAGCAGGUCACGUCGUCGAACCCCUUCUCGUUCUUCGGACUGAAGCGUCAGGGGGAGAGCCGACUGGAGCUCCCCGAACCCGCCCAGGACGAGUUCUUGAACUUCGACGUCAACGCUGCUCUGUUCCCCCCUGGCUUCAGCCAGCUGGAAGGGCGGGACGCGUUCGAUGCCCUGCGGAGCAAUGCAGACACCAUGCUCCGACGGCUGCAGGCUGCAUACAAGCAGCGGACGUUCGCCUUGCAUGAAGCCUUGGCAGAGAAGAACGAAAAGCAAGAGGAGCUCGAGGUGACCCGGAAUCGCAUCGGGAACCUGAAGGUCCAACUAGAUGGCAUGGCCGAGAAGGUCAUCGAGCAAGAAAAGGCCGUGAAAGCUAUGGCAGAAGAGCUGGAGCACGAGCGGGAGGUGCGCCGCCGAGAGGACGAGGCUCGCAUGCGCAGCGUGCUGCUCGUCCGGACCAGCGACGACGAGAGCACAUCCGACCUGGGAGUGGAGCUUCAGACGCCCAAACGGAGCAUGAAACGUGCCAGCAAUGGUACGUUCACGAGCGACUCCGGCUUCGACUCGGGAGACGAGAGUGUGUCCGAAAGUGUGUUCUCACGUCGCGAAGUGCUCGAGUCGCCGGCCUCGACUGUCGCGCCAUCCCCGAACAUCUCCCAGAUUACCCUGUCCACUCCCACCUCUGCCCCCGUGCAACCCCCGAAGGAGCUCAAACCUACACCUGCACCUGCACCUGUCCCCAAACCCAAACCCACCCGGGCGCCGGCCUCGACGCCAGCUCCCAAACAAUCCACCUACGACCGCGUUUUGAAAGGACUCACCCCGAAGAGCAUUGCCAGCUCCUGGACCGGCUCCAAAUGCAACAUCUGCCAUGGGGUUCCGUCGUCCGAAGCGUGGAGCGUGCUGGGGAUAUUGAAAGAGGAAAACAAGGGGCUGAAGGAGCGGCUGGGGGAGCUGGAGAACACGAUCGACGAGUGUCUGUGGCUGGUUGGGCCGUGA